CCUCGCUAUACAUUCGAUAACAGUGAUUCUCACUGUGCUCCAACGCCGAGGAUGCCAUCGGCUGCUGCCACUCCUUCUUCGCUGUACCCACUCGCCAUCCUCGACUGUGGAGCCUCCUCCUUUCGCCUCACUUUACAGCCUACCCCACCCACCCACUCCCUUCCCCCGAUUCACAUCUCCCCUAAUGCCAUUGCCCGCACUCGUCCGCCCUCAAAGACAAUCUUCGUGGGGUCCGACAUAGAAGGAAGGUGUACAGACUUUUCCGGUCUCACACUCAGACUAUCCAUCGAGCGAGGUUUUCUCACAGACUGGGUAGCACAGAAGACCCUCUGGGACGCCGAGAUCGGCAAAGCCCUCAGCAAGCUCCCGACCAAGGACCUCGCGACUUCCUCCAGCGGUAAGCUCCUCGAAGGGUGGAAUCUCAUCAUCACAGAGGCCUAUUUCAAUCUACCGGAGCUUGAGAAUGGGCUAGAGACAAUGUGGUUCGAAGAGUAUGGCGUCCGAGGCCUCUGGAGGACCACUGGGGCGCAACUAGCCAGCUUUGCGCCGCUGCAGGCGACUACGGCCAAGUUGAGCGCUGCAACGAGUGACCCUGCCACGUCCUCAGACACACCUGGCGAGUCGGGAGAAACACCUGUCGCGGAGGCCUCCUCGGCAGGCACAGAGUUCAGCUCACCGGCGAAGACUACUGCUGCUUCUCCGCCUGCCCAAAGUCCACCCACCGCUACCGGAAGACGUCAAAAGAGACAGACGGGGUCUACGCAGUCGUACACAGAGACCAAGAGUAAAGCCAAGUCGGCCGCUUCUGGACCACGUCUGAGCUCUCAUCGUAGACCGGAGGCAUGUGUAGUCGUCGAUCUGGGCCACAGCUAUACCCACGUUGUACCUAUUGUCCAAGGAGAGGUAGCCUGGACGGGAGUGCGGCGUCUGGACAUUGGCGGCAAGCUCAUGACAAAUCUGCUCAAGGAGAUGAUCUCUUUCCAGCAAUGGGACAUGAUGGAAGAGUCUUGGAUCAUCUCACACCUCAAGGAAAAGGCCUUCUUCGUUGCUGCUAGUGAUUGGGAAGAGGAGAGGAUUGGGCCUAGUAGCUGGAACAGGAAGAAGCUGCUCAAAUUGGUCAAGAGCAAGAGGGGCCUGAACCCCAUUGAGCAGGAGUUUGUAUUGCCAGACUAUACCGAUGACAAGGUCUCAAAGCAUGCCGACUCGCGCUAUGGGAGGAUACGAAAGGGACCUGGGAAGCGGGAGGCCACCAACAACAAAACGGUCAAGCUCGAUGCAAGGUUGAAUGUAGCUUCAACUUCCAAACUUGACGAGGAGGAGGACGCGCUCCAAGAGGAGAAAGAGGCAGACGCCUUCAUUGCCGACCCAGCUUUAGCGCAAGCCCUUGCAGGACCAGCAGGUCAAGAUCGAGGUCAUGCCGAGAAGAGAGCUGACGACGAUGCUGACGACGACGACGACGAUGACGACGAGGAUGCAGGGGAGGACUACCGCGAGUCUGGAUCAGAGUCCGGUGGGGAGUCGCCCAUCAAGGGUUCUUUCCAAGCGCAUCAACAGCAGCAGAAGUCCAGCCAACCAGCGAAGCACAAAGCUGGAGGUGCGAAUGAGGCAGAGGAGGAACAGGUGCUGCUGCUGUCCAAUGAGCGAUGGCAGAUCCCGGAGCUGCUGUUCAAUCCUCAGCAGAUUGGUGAGUCAUGUGAAAUGGUGGAAUCCGCUUGUCUGGGACUUCCAUCUGACAUCGAUACGUUCUCUGCCUGCCUUCUCUGCGUCUUGCGUAGGCCUCGACGCCCUCCCCCUGCCACAAUUGAUCCUCUCCUCCAUCUCGGCCAGCAGCGCAGACGAUGCAUUGCGCGGGCUGAUGUACGCCAACAUCAUCCUCGUGGGCGGUCUAGCCAACAUGACCAAUCUGCGUCGCCGGCUCGAAGUCGACUUGCGCUGCCUCGCUGCUGAAGACUUUGCCGUGCGCGUUCGAGUACCGGCGACUCCUGGUCUGGCUGCUGUGAGCGGAGGGCUGCACUUGCCCAAGGGUUUCCUGAGUGCGAAGCUGAUUGGGAAGGAGGAGUGGGAGAAGCCUGGACAGGGGACGACGCUUGCUAGGGAGAGAUUCCUUGGGUGGGGAAGUCAAGCUGCGGCAUACCUGUGCAAGAUGCUGUAGCGUCGAAGGUUGAUAUCGACUAUUAUACCAUGCCGUUAUGCCGUACUAUGCUACGCC